UAUACAUUAAGUUGAGCUAAUCGAAGCGUUGAGUUUUAUUACGCAAGAUUAGUAUAUUAUAGAACAUAUUCUUCAUCACCAUGUGGAAAAUACAAUUAUUUAUUUWUUGUGGUAUUUGUAUUUGGUUUCUGGCAAUUUUUACCAUUUUUCCCAAGAAACCAAAUAUGAGGGAAGCGUUGUUUAAACAGAGGCAAACUGUGAAAAAAGAAAUUAAUUCCUUACGUUCAUUCAAUCAGUCAAUUUUAGUUGGCAGCAAAGAUCCAAUCCGCAAUGUGGUUAUCACAAAGUGGUUAUCGGGUUCCAGCCGUCUUGUUAAAUAUUUCCAUCGUGCUCCGGGAUACUAUCAACAUUUCUCACCAUUAUAUAAUUCAAAAUAUCAAAUUAUACGUUCAACAUCAGAAAUAUCAGACGCAUUGAAAUCCUUAAAGCAAUUAUUUUUAUGUGAUUACAAUAACACUGAUUUGCUUUUGAAGAUGGCUAAAAAACAUUUUACGUUCUAUUCGCUUUACGGGCAUCAGCGGAAGCUGUGCAGACAAUAUCCCUUGCAUUGCUGGAACAAAAAUUUCCUGGCAGAAGUGUGCAAAAUGUAUCCGUUUUUAACAAUGGUUGUGUAUAAGAUGCUGUUGAAAGAUAUUGGACAAAUGUUAAAUGAUAAAAGCUUGAACGUGCGAAUGAUACUGCUGGUGCGCGAUCCACGAGGUACAAUGCAAUCGCGCAAGCAUCGCGACUGGUGUGCCGGCAAUAGGGACUGCGAGAAUCCCCAUUACGUAUGUCAAGACCUAGUGGACGAUUAUCAUGCAGCUGUGGAACUGCUAAAGGAGCAUCCAUCGCGUUUCAGAACAUUGCGUUAUGAGGAUCUUUCACUAAAUACCUACGACAUGACACAAGAGGUGCUACAAUUCUAUGGACUACCAUUCGAUCCACUGGUUGAAGAAUUUCUGGACACGCAUACAAAAGUAAAUAUUGGUGGGGUUAGCUCAACCUAUCGCGACUCGAAAUCGGCACCAUUCCAUUGGAAGCAAGAUCUGCGGCCGGACGAGAUCCAGUAUAUACAAAAUAACUGCGAAGAGGCCAUGCAAUUGUGGGGUUAUCGUAAGAUCGACAACUUUACCAACUUCCAACAAGCAACAUUUGAUCCAAUCGAAUUGCCGCCACCCUUCUCGUGAACUGCUCUCAAUUAAGUUGAGUAAAUGUUGCAAUUAUGUAACGAAAACACAAUUUUACAACAAACCUAAAUCGUUUGUCUCCUACGCUCUAUUUGUAUCUUACUCGCUUAUAUUAUGUUUUUUUAUACCAUUUUGUUGUGAUAUAUCGAAGAAGUUAAAUAUUAAAAAAAAAGAAGAAGAAAACGAACAAUGUUACUAUGCUAAUGCUAAAAAAUAAAAAUACGACAGCAGCAUAAGAGUGAGAGAGAGAGCAUGUAUUUGUAAUUAUUAAUGCGUAUCUAGUUAUAAGUAAUAUAUAUUAAACAUAAUCGUAAGAAGAGUUCGUUUAGCGCAAAAAAGCAAUUUGGAAGUGCGGGUCGUAGGAUGCGUGCAUCAACAAAGCACAGGCUGAAUGAGUGAAAUAACGUAUCCCAAGUCCGCCCAGGCCCACACCAACAACACACACACACGCAUACAUACAUACACACAAACUUAUCCAUACGACAUGAAAACGUAUCAACAGUGCAGCACUGUAGUAAUUUAAUUAUGUAGUUUAAUAUUAUAUAAGUAUUACGUUCACAUACUUAAAUCGAAACAAGAAAAAAUUUAAAACAAAACUCGAAUUAAAUAAUUAAUUUAAAACAACAAAAAAUAUUAUGCACACUACUUAAAAAAACACGCGUAGACAUUUUUACACUGCAUAGUUUUAGGCGUUGUGCAUUUUUUGCAAACAAUUAAAAACACUAGACAUACACACACAUACACACUAAACUCAUACACACAUAUGUAAUUAUGUAAUUAAUUAGUUAAAUAAUUUUUAAAAAAUUGUACGCAUUCAUUAACGUUGCUGACAUCUAGUAUAGUUUCAUAGUUUGAACUAAGCAGUAGGUUAUGUAAUAUUUAUAUGCAGAGUACGCGCAUAAAUUCAAGUUAUUUCAAAGCACACAAAAGCAAAAAGCAACAAAUAAUUAUAAUACUAAAAUUAGAUAUGCGUUUGAUAGCAAACAAAUAUUGCUAGUAGUUGAAAAAUAGUGCUUUCGAAAAGCGUAAACAAUUUUACGAAUGCAUUUUUGUUAGUGUAGUAAUAAAAAUAAAAUGAUGAAAGAAAUGAAAAACAUGCGAAAUGUGCAAAAUUAUCAAACUUGUAAAAAAAAGCGAACAUACAUAUAUGAAAAUCGAUAAAACAUUUGUCACAUAUCGUUAACUUAGCAAUAUAGCGCAUACAGUGACGAGCUAAAAUUUACAGCUAAGCAGCAGGGGUGCCAAGUUGUUAUAAACAAAAUUGACUUAAAAUAUUGAUUUUCAAAAUUUUGGGAUUAAAAUUUUUUAUUUAUUUUUUUU